AUGGAGUUGACCGAGGACUAUUUAGAUAAAGGGAGAACAAUGUAUAGUGAUAACUGGUACACGUCAGUAACUCUUGCUAAUAAACUUCUUAAUCGGUCAACGAAUUUGGUGGGGACAUUACGUUCAAAUAGAAAAUUUAAUCCAGUAUCGGUUGUAAAAACAAAAUUAAAAAAAGGAGAAAUUAUGUCAAGUCAAAGUCAAAAUAAAAUAGUUCUUCUUAAAUGGAAAGAUAAGCGGGACGUAUUAAUGCUAUCAACCAAACAUAAAAAUAAUACGGUAGUAGUGAAUAAUAAACGAGGAAAACAAGUUGUAAAACCUCAAAUGGUGAUUGAUUAUAACAAAGCAAAAGGGUAUGUUGAUAUUUGUGAUUAA